GGAGGAAAUGGGUGUAAGGACCCGGAAGUACUCGUUCCUGAGAGGCGUGCAGGUUGGGAAGGAAGGUUCAGAGGUCGCCGGCCCAGAUGCGUUCCUGUGUUGCUAUGUAGUGGAGGGUCACGUUCCUUCUUGCAGAUUCUGGAAGGUUCUUGAGUUCAAUUAGGACAGUGGCUGCGGAAUUCCUGGUGUCCGGCCUGAGGUGCCCGCUGGCCGAGCAGAGGCGCCGAGGGCGCUGCCAUGUUUGGCUGCCUGGUGGCGGGGAGGCUGGUGCAAACAGCUGCACAGCAAGUGGCAGAGGAUAAAUUUGUUUUUGACUUGCCUGAUUAUGAAAAUAUCAACCAUGUUGUGGUUUUUAUGCUGGGAACAAUCCCGUUUCCUGAGGGGAUGGGAGGAUCUGUCUACUUUUCCUAUCCUGAUUCAAAUGGGGUGCCAGUGUGGCAGCUCCUAGGAUUUGUCACGAAUGGGAAGCCAAGUGCCAUCUUCAAAAUAUCAGGUCUUAAAUCUGGAGAAGGAAGCCAGCAUCCAUUUGGAGCCAUGAAUAUUGUGCGAACCCCAUCUGUUGCCCAGAUUGGAAUUUCGGUGGAAUUGUUGGACAGUCUGGCUCAGCAGACUCCUGUAGGCAGUGCUGCUGUGUCCUCGGUUGACUCCUUUACGCAGUUCACACAGAAGAUGUUGGACAACUUCUACAAUUUUGCUUCAUCGUUUGCUCUCUCUCAGGCCCAAAUGACACCAAAUCCAUCAGAAAUGUUCAUCCCAGCAAAUGUGGUUCUGAAAUGGUAUGAAAACUUUCAAAGACGACUAGCACAGAACCCUCUCUUUUGGAAAACAUAAUUUGAAUAAAAUAAUUUGUCAUGUCAUGUAAAAGAACGAAGUCAAAAGGGUCAUGAAGCCUACCUUUCAAAAAAAAAAAAAAAAACCCUGCUUAGUGACUAUAAGACUUAUAAAAACCCUUAUAAAAAUUAGAAUCACUGAACAAGGAAAGUGUUCGAUAUUAAUUACCUUCUCCCUUACAAGUGUGACAUACUUCUUGGAGGCAAACAUUUUGUACCAGCUGUCAUUCAUUUCUUAAAAUAAAUCCUACUCACAGCAGUAGUAUUUGAAAUACCAUU